AAUUAAUUUGUUAUCCCACAAUUGGUUUUCCCUCUUUCUUUUUUGUAUCCUUAUUUAAACAAAAGUAUUUUUGGUUACCCCACAAGAGAUACCUUUCUAAAAAUGGCCAACAAUGAUAGCAACUCUGAGGGGCAGUUUACUUAUGAUAGUAACUCUGAGGGGCAGUUUACUUACGCGUUACAACUUAUUACCUCCAUUGCAUUGCCUAUGGUGUUAUCAAACGCUAUCAAGCUCAACCUCCUAGAGGUUAUAGCAGAGGCCGGCCCAAAUGCUGGACUCUCCGCUCAAGAGAUCGCCUCCUCUUUGUCAAUAUCAAACCCUGAUGCUCCUGACAUGAUUGACCGGAUGCUUCGAUUGCUCGCUAGCUAUGCAAUUGUCACUUGCGUCCAAGAAGACCGCGAAGCUAAGCCAGUACGAGUAUAUGGACUUGCACCUGUUUCAAAACUAUUCAUCCAAAAUGAAGAUGGGGUGUCGUUAUGUCCAAUGUUGGAGUUGCAGCAAAACAAAUUGUACCUCGAAACUUGGCCUAAACUUAAGGAUUCUGUACAAGAAGGAGGUAUUGCAUUCGAAAAGAUUCAUGGAAUGCAUGAGUAUGAAUAUUUUGGGGUAGAUGCUAAUUUAAAUGAGGUAUUUAACAAGGCCAUGGUUCAUAGUUCUACUAUAAUGGUUAAGGAGAUGCUCAAGCAUUACAAUGGUUUUGAAAAUCUCAAUUGUGUGGUUGAUGUUGGAGGUGGUGUUGGAACAACUAUUAAUCUGAUUGUAUCCAAAUAUCCAACCAUUAAGGGCAUUAAUUUCGAUCUUCCUCAUGUUAUACAACAAGCACCAUUCUACAAAGGUGUAAAUCAUGUUGAAGGAGAUAUGUUUCACAAUAUUCCACAAGCUGAUGGCAUUUUUAUGAAGUGGGUAUUGCAUUGUUAUGAUGACAAUCGUUGCAUAAAGUUGUUAAAGAACUGCUACCAAGCUUUACAAGAUGGUGGGAAGGUGAUAGUUGUAGACAAGGUUAUUCCUUUCUUACCAGAUACAAGCUCUUCUGUAAAAACCGCCAGCCAUCUAGAUGCAAUCAUGAUGACUCAGACUCCGGGAGGAAAAGAGCGCACCGAGAAUGAAUUUCUAGCGUUGGCUAAAGAAGCUGGAUUUGGUGGUAUAGAAAAAAAGUGCUUUGUUUGCAACAACUGGGUCAUGGAGUUUUAUAAAUAACACGAUUAAUGUGUGUGUUUGCGAUCAGACACAUAUGCUUGGGUUGGGUUGGCGCUAUGUUGUAUGAGCUUAUAUUUACUCUUUUUAUAUCAAUAACGGGUUUUGUCGUCUGGACAUUGCCUUGGAUGAGAUAAUUCAUUUAUUAAGUAUGGAUAUGUAGUGUAAUAUUAUAAUGUAUUUUACGAACCAUUAUAUCAAUAAAAAUAAUAUAAUGUGAUAUGAAUA